GGCGUCACCCCGGAGAGCGAGAACCUCACCCUGUCCUCGUCGGGUGCCAUCGACCAGUCCUCGUGCACCGGCACCCCUCUCUCCUCCACCAUCUCCUCUCCAGAAGAGCCCGUCAGCAGCAGCCUGGCCCAGUCCGUCAUGUCCAUGGCGUCCUCGCAGAGCCAGCACUCGCAGCUCAGCACCGACACCGUCUCCUCCAUGUCCGGCUCCUACGUGGCCCCCGGCACGGAGGAGGAAGGGGACACGCUGCCCUCGCCCGCCGCCGCCACCGCCUCCGACGGAGAGUCGACGCCUGUGGAGUCCCUGGAUAUAAACUUCGUCAGCAUCUCGGCCGAGGAGCACGACGCCGAGGGCAACGCCGUGCUGGAGGACGAGGACGCGUCGCCCACGCUGGAUGAUGGCCGGAGGACGGGCGCGUUCCUCGGUCUGAGGUGUGCCAAUAACAAUGACGUGGGCAUCGCACGGGUGAAAGCGCUGGACAAUAAGCUGUGCUCUGAGGCCCGCUUACCUGAAGUUUCCUGCGCGCUCUCGUCAAGUUUGGGAGCGGGGGGACGUCGCUGGGACGGGGUAAGGAUCGGCCCCGUCCCUUCCCUCGGCCGCUCCCCGUGGAUGCUGGAGCUGUCGGGGCGCCCGGGCAUGGCUGAGGGGUGGCUGAGCCUGCGGGUGGCCGACAUCCGAGGCCAGGAAGGCGGCGGCAUGGGCGACUCGAGCGACCUGGACGACAGCCUGACCAGCCUGCAGUGGCUGCAGGAAUUCUCCAUCAUCAACGCCAACUUGGGCAAAUCGUCCUCGUGCCCCAGCGGCCCCGACCCUCACGAUUAUCACCACCUCCCCGGUUUCGCCGCCCCCUGCUCGCCCCUGGCCGCCGACCCGGCUUGUAUGGGGAUGCCCCACACCCCCGGUAAGCCCACCUCGUCUUCCACCUCGCGGACGGCCCCCCCGGUUGGGGGCGUGCAGCCCCCCGCUGAGGAUAUCGACUAUAAGACCAACCCCCACGUCAAGCCGCCCUACUCCUACGCCACCCUCAUCUGUAUGGCCAUGGAGGCCAGCAAGAAGAGCAAAAUCACCCUCUCGGCCAUCUACAAGUGGAUUACCGAUAAUUUCUGCUAUUUCCGACACGCCGACCCCACCUGGCAGAACUCCAUCCGGCACAACCUCUCCUUGAACAAGUGCUUCAUCAAGGUGCCUCGGGAGAAGGACGAGCCAGGGAAAGGCGGCUUUUGGAAGAUCGACCCCCAGUACGCCGACCGGCUGAUGAACGGCGCCUUCAAGAAACGGAGGAUGCCCCCGGUGCAGAUCCACCCGGCCUUCACCAGCAGAGCCCAGCAAGAAACCCGCUGCGGCACCGGCCCCGUGGCUUCCACCUGGACCAAUGGCAACGUCCUCAACGUCAACGUGGAGUCCCAGCAGCUGCUGAAGGAGUUUGAAGAAGUCACCGGCGACCAGAACUGGAACCCGGCGGAUGGGAAGGCGAGCCGCAAGCGCAAGCAGCCCCUGCCCAAGCGUACGGCCAAGUUGUCUCGGCUCUCCAACCCUGCCUUGCUCACCCAGGAGGAGCAGACCGAGCUGGGGUCGCUGAAGGGCGAUUUUGACUGGGAGGCCAUCUUCGACACCAACUUGAACGGAGACUUCUCCACUUUCGAGGACCUGGAGCUCACGCCUCCCAUCAGCCCCAUCAGGCGCGACGUGGACUUGACGGUGCAGGGGCGCCACAUCGACUGUCCCCAGGAUUGGUGCACCACCACCGGGCACGAGCAGGUCCUCAGCGAAUCCAGCCAGAACAACCUGGACUUUGACGAGACCUUCAUGGCCACUUCUUUCCUGCAGCACCCCUGGGAUGAAGGCAGGAACGAUUACCUCUCUGGCUCGGUCGGCGUGGAGCAGUUGUUUGAGCUCAGCGACACCUCUUUGGCUGCAGACGUGAACGACUGGAGCAGUGUGGGAUCCUUUUUAUAAGCGGCCACCUGGAGGACUCAGCCAAGCCCACAGAGACCUUAGCAGGGUGCUCCCCCUGUGCUGCUGGAACUUGCAAGGGGGGCAAGAUUUUCGAGAGGCAGAGACAUCCACAGUGACUUCUGUAGCUUCUUCGUAGGGUUAUUUGCAGCCAGGCCGGCGGGGGGUGGGUGGCAAGGAGGGGUAGCGGGGGGGGGGGGGGAAUGACACAAGAAGGCAGAAAUCGCUUGAAAUACUUUUAAAGGACACACCAGAAGCCUGUGGUCCAUGAGUUCACUCAAGAAAGGGAUAUAGCAGUACUUAUUUUUUUACUUUUUAAAGAAAGAAAUGUGAAUGACUUCUUUUUUCCGUGGAAAUGGACACGGCACACACUCCUCCUGGGCUAAAGGAGAGCACCUGCUAAACGGAUCCAAGAGAGGAGAUUCCUGGCGGCUUAGGAACUCGAUAGACUACGUGCAAUUUCCUCACCCCUUCUUCUCUCCGUUUGUCUCUUUCUUUCUGUCCAGGGUAGUUUGUAGGUGUAAGGUGAUAAUUAGCUAGCAGGCAAAUAGAGGUCCCUGUUGGAUUCUCCAAGUUCAACCUCCCUCCUGAAUUGUGCCUAGGGAAAAAGAAAAGGUCUGUAAAGUCAGAUGCGAAUCAGCAAAUCUGUCUCUGUAGAUGUUUUUAUAUAAUCUAUUAUAUAUUAUAUAUUCAAAGAAACCUAUAUUUUUAGCAUUAGAAUGUCUUUUCAGAGGGGAUAGGGGAAAUGCAGUUUGGGGGUUGUUUUGUAUUUUUGCUGAGUACAAGCUCGCGUUCGUCACUCUGCAAACCAAGACCGCAGCGUCCCGCAUGUCUGCUUCACACCGGGGAGGCUCCCUGCAGCGGCAAUUUCGGUCAGGAUCCAGGAUUCGGCCACGGCAGGAGAGGAGCAGAGGGGACUUGGGUCGCUCCCAGAAGUGACUUUUAUAUUUUUUACACCCAAAAUCCUCACCGCGGUUGCCCAAGGGUCUAGACCAGAAUAAACCUUCCCUGUGUUUCAGCGUCACCGCUGUUCCCAGUGCCCGUGGAGGAGCUCCAGGCAAAGUUGAGACAUGGGGGGAGCGGAGCCAAACUGUGCUGAAACUCGACUUGAAGCUCUCGGGAACUGGAUUCUUCACCUUCCCUUCGCUGUAGGAGAUUUGGGUGAUGGUAGCUGCUAGGUAGGAGUAAGGAAAAGCUGUAGUGUUGGUGGUGUGUCUUAGACUUGCUGAAAAAUGGAAGAUUGCAACCAAAAAAAAAAAAAAAAGAAAAUCUUUAACAAAAGCACUUAGGACUUUUGAUGUGAGCAACCUAACUUAGCGGGAAUAUAGCUGUAGCAUAAGAGUCAAUAAACCAGCCUUAAAAAUAAAAU